AUGGAAUCUAGCCGCUUAACCUUGGCUUCUGUUUCCUGCGCUUCUAAAGCAGAUCUAGGAAGACGCACCUCCACUCCAGCACCCCAGAGCAAAAUCUCUUCUGAUGGGAAACUGCAGCGUAAUCAGAAACACAGAGAGUCGACACCCCAAGAUGAAUAUGUGAAGAGACUGAGAACUCGCUCGGUUCAGAAUCUUUCUGCACAAGAUAGCCGACCACUUCCUGUGGGAUAUACAGCGACUCCACAUCCCGACAGUUCUGCAACCCAGGGCAAUUUCAUUUCCAUACAAACUCCCCAGCAGAUUCCUUCAGAGCAGAUCUUGUAUCACUGUACUGAAUGUGGCACCAAUUUCAGUGACCGGGGAAAGCUGAAAAUACACCAGUGUAGUCACACGGAGGAGAAACCGUUUCACUGUGCAGAUUGUGGGAAGAGUUUUAUUAAGAAAUAUGACCUUCAAAAACACCAGCGAACUCACACAGGAGAGAAACCGUAUGAGUGUCCUGAUUGUGGGAGGCUUUUUAAUCAGAAAGGAAACCUUCAAACCCACCAGCGAAUUCACACAGGAGAGAAACCGUUUCACUGUGCAGAUUGUGGGAGGAGUUUUAGUCAUAAACAAGGACUUCGAAGACACCAGGUAACUCACAGUACAGGUAAACCAUUUCACUGUGCUGAUUGUGGGAAAGGUUUUAAUGAGAAAUAUGACCUUCAAAAACACCAGCGAACUCACACAGGAGAGAAACCGUAUGAGUGUCCUGACUGUGGGAGGCGUUUUACUCAGAAAGGAACCCUUCAAUCACACCAGCUAACUCACAGUACAGAUAAACUAUUUCAUUGUGCUGAUUGUGGGAGGAGUUUUAGUCAGAAACAAGGUCUUCAAAGACACCAGCUAACUCACAGUAUAGAUAAACCAUUUCACUGUGCUGAUUGUGGGAAAGGUUUUAAUCUUAAAACUUUACUUCAAGCACACCAGCGAAUUCACACGGGAGAGAAACCGUUUCACUGUGCUGAUUGUGGGAGGAGUUUUAAUCAGAAAGGAAACCUUCAAUCACACCAGCUAACUCACACAGGAGAGAAACCGUACGAGUGUCCUGACUGUGGCAAGAGUUUUAAUCAUAAAUGUAACCUUCAAAAACACCAGCUAACUCACACAGGAGAGAAACCAUUUGUGUGUUCUGACUGUGGGAGGUGUUUUAUUCAGAAAUGUAACCUUCAAAAACACCAGCUAACUCACACAGGAGAGAAACCGUAUGUGAGUCCAGUAUGUGGAGAAGUUUCAAUCGGAAAGACAACCUCAGAACACACCACAUAACCUACCCGGUAGAGAAACCUUUUGAGUGUAGUGACUGUGGGAAGAGAUUUGUAGAGUCAAAUAAACUAAAGAAACACAGUCUAGUUCACAGAGAUUCAGUCAGUCAGGACACCUCCAAAAUAAAACAA